AGUCCUUUCAUGCUGAAUGAAACAGCACUGAACUCCCUAAAUUUCUCUGACAGCUCAGCAGAUUGGCAUAGGCUGCCUACUUUUUCCCGUCUGUUACUGACUGUUUCCAUGAGGAAUAGCAGUAUCUAUGAACUGCUACAGGUGGGCAGAAAUGCUUCCAACCAGUCUGAGUGGGGGCAUUUCUCGCGGCUGUGGCACGCCACUGGCGACAUGUUGACCACCAAAUGGAACCUAACAGAAGUGGGUGAAUAUGUGAAACUCCUGGAAAUUAUGAAGAAAGCUCUAGUUCUUGUGGACUUUGGGGUAGAUCCUGGAAAAGCAUUAGUACAUCAGAUCUUUCAUAAUUCUAGUGGAGGAAUUAAAUCUUCAGAUCAGAAUUAUUUGUAUCAUUCAUUAACACUCUUUUUAAAUUCAACUUCUGCCACAAACAGCACACUGGACUUGGAAAGAAUAUUUCAAGAAAUGAUUCCACUGUAUGAAGUUGGUGGUGAAGGAUUGUUCUACCCUAAUCCCUAUGGAAAAGAAAAUCAAGAUCUUGUAACUAUGGCUGCAGUGAUUUGGAAUCAGAUAAUUUUAAAUAGGACUCAUUUUAAUACAGACAAAGCAUGGGAGGUUAUCAAAAUGAUUGCACGUCAUGCAAUCUCUCUUGAAGACACUGAAAAUUAUCUCAGCACAAAUGAAGAAGUGUCAUCAUUAUUUUCUGACUUCUUGUUGACCCCUGUAACUUCUGAAAAUUUUGCAGAACAGAUCUCAUCCCUUGAGCAGCUUCUUGCUGCCGUAGCAAAGGUGAAUACCCGUGAUCGUUAUCUGCUGAUAUCUUCUUUGUCUAAGCUAAUGCAGAAACUCCAGCGUACCCCAGAUGGAAGGCAGAGAAUUGAACUUCGUGCUUUCUGGCAGAUUGCUGAAGCACUGCAGUCCAUGAACUGGAGUAGUAAAGACAGUCUCACUUCCCAGUCACUUCUAGAUGUACUGCAAAAUCAGUUCAGUACCAUGAAAAAUGACUCCAGUCUUCCUUUCAGUGAGGAACUGAGGCAGCUGGUAAACUUUGCAUCUUCCAUAUAUGAGUUAUAUGGUGAAGAAGACUCCAGAGCAACCAACAUCUCCAUAUACUCACAAGCCAUGCAAAGGAGUAUCUUAAUUUUAAAAGGUUUGCAGAAAAACUAUAACAUCAGUGAGCUUGAAAUUAUCAACCUUUUGUUUGAUUCUUACAGUAAUUAUACCCAGAGACUGAUUGAAAUAUGGAGAGAAGGAAUGAAAGUCCUUCAUGACACCAACUUAAACAAAACAUUUGAAGAAAAAAUGGACAUUAUCUAUCACUUCUCACAUUUGCUGCUGCAGAAGGAGUCCAGUGAGUCUUCCUUAUGG